AUGGCGUCGCUGCCGCAGCUGCUGCGCUUCUGCGACUAUCUGGAGCUGCGCCUCCACACGACGAGUCUGCUGCUCUUGCGGCGCAUCCUGCGCGACUACGCCGCCGGCAACGACCAUACGCUCGUGGCCUUUAUGCGACUGGGCGCGACCGUCAUAUCGAUUAUGCCCUUUGAGCGGACAGCUGCGCGGGCCCGAGAGGCGGCGGCGCACGUACUACGGGCACAAACGCAGCACACGGAGGCGCACGACGACAUGCCGCGGGUCAGCUCCGUCGCUGCUGCUGAUCGUCGGGGGCCAAUGAAACACACGACCCCACGCGCGUGUGUCUUCCGCUUCCUGUGGGCGCGCGUCGCGACGAAGAACAUCUUGUGGCUGCGCGAGCUGCUGGACGAGUUUUGCACGGGCGACGAUACGCUCUUGCGAGCGUUUGUGCAGCGCGGCGACGCGGCGAUCUGUGUGCUUCCAGUGGAUGUACAGGCGUUGCGGGCCGGGGCCGAAGCGUCGACGACGGCGGCCACGCAAGAGGUGACGACGUGGGUCGACGCCCCAAUGGAACGGACGUCGUCGGUAUCUGUUCGGACAACGAGAGGGCGGAAGCGGACGCGAGAGCAAUGGAGCACGAGUGGAGCAGUCGAUGCGAUCGAUGGGGCGACCGAUGGCCGUGGAAACGAGCACGAGGCGAAUGGAGUGAGUGGGCGAUCGACUGCGCCAGUGCCACUGGUGCCGCCAUCGCUUGCGGUCGACGACGUUCGACAGCGCGUGGUAGCGAUCAUGGGGCAGAUGGAGGAGAAGCAGCCGUGGAAGCGGGUGUUCAAGCCCGACGCGCUCUCGAUGCCGUUUUCGCGGGUCCGGUACCCAAAGCUGGUCCACGUGCUGCUCGAGUUCUGGACGAGUCAUGCGCGAGCAGUGUGGGAGCGCAAGUUCUGGGCCCCUUUCUCCUGUUCCCGCACGCCUGCGCUUCACAACGAGCGACGUGGUCGCCAAAGACGGGCGCAGAGCUUCUUUGAGCACCGCGUGCUGCCGCUCGUGUUUGAAGAGCUCGGGGCGGCGUUCUUUGUCAAGCUCGAUCGACGAGCAACGCGUUGCAGCGGAUGGUUCUACCUCGACCAAGUGGUUGACCUGUUCACGCUGGCACGGCGCCACGGGCUCACUGCGUGUCGACAGUAUACCGAGUCGCAAGCGUACAAGCGAUUUCCUGCGGCCCCGGGCGACACGCGCCACUUUUUCACGCGCGUCAACGGCGAGAGCUCGAGCAUGUGGUCGUCAGCCGCGUCGCUCGGGUCAGCCCUGGCGGCGAUUGUUGCGGCCAAAGCCACGUCGAGUGGCAGUCAGUAG